AUGACAGAAUCCAAAACCAAACGACACUACAACCAAGAAAUCACUUGGAGAACAGAACUACCAGAUGAAUUAGUCUUCUCAAUCUUGUCCAAAAUACACAACACCAAAACCCUAAUACGCUGCUAUUCUGUCUCCAAAAACAUAGCUUCCUUCGUCUCUACGAUCGACACCAUCUCAGUCAGAGUUACUCACAGGAAUAAUGAUUCUCUCCCUUGCCCGCAACAUGACCACUUCCCAGAAGGAGCCAUCCCUGGUCUCAUGAAGGUGUUUGCAAAUAUGAAAUCUCUCAAAAUCAGGCUCUGUCAAUGCUGUUCCCCGCCAUCACCAGCCACCUUUAGGGCGGAAGUUGUAUUUGCUAAUGAUUAUUAUUUUCACAAUAACUGGUGUUUGGCACAUGAGGUUGGUUCCUUAUCAAGGACAACUACAGACGAAUUUGCUGCAUUGUCUUUUGAACUGAACCACCAAGCUAUUGGUAGAGAAACCAAGUUGGUGGCGGAUAUGGCUAUAUGGGUAAAACGUACAUUUUGUACAUUCUAUAAUAAAAUAUUUCAGUAUCAGCCUAAAACACUGAGUAGCUGGGUGACUUCUCUUGCUCCACAAAAAGGGUUUGGAUCGGCGGAGAAGGUGUUUAUGCAAAAAGAACAGCUGGACAAGUUUAAUAUUUCGGUUUCGAAUUCAAGGGUGAACGAGAACUGGCUUAAGAACCCGCAGAAUGUUACUUAUUGGCUUAAGAAUCCAAGCAAUGAGAAUUGGCUUGAAGAGAAGGUGUGGCUUGUUGGGCAACGUGAAGGAUCUAGAAUUGAAAUAAAGAGACAUGUGGAGAAGUUGUUGGAUGCCUUUAAUGAUGACGACGUCGACGAAGAACAAUAG